AUGAUGAGGAACGAGUUUUUAGUUAACACAAUUUAUAACCAUGGGAAUUUGAGAAAGGUACUAGGGUUACUGAGAAGCCUAAAUAAGAGCAACAAGCUGGAUUUGAUAUGCCAGGUGUGUGAAAAGUGCAAUAUAGAGGACGAUGACGAGACUUUUCGAAUAUUUCUGAAUGAAUUGAGUCAUAUUAGCAAUGACGAAAGUGUGAGUAGUAAGCUUAGUGAGAACAACAGGGGAGGAGGAGGUGCUCGUGGCAACCAGAAUAAUGUCAACCUGAUGACUAUUGGAAAACACAUAGGAAUUGUACGUAGGUGUAACAACAACCUUCUGAUGGAUAGCAGUAACAACUUGUAUGAAGAAGCGAAGGACCUCAGUGGUUCCCUCUCCAAUAGCUCAGAAGAAAUUAACGAAUUUGAUAUUGACAUGAACACAGCUAAUAAUGAGAAAAAUAAAGCUACAAGAAUUUAUGUUGAUGGGAUCUUCGACUUGUCUCAUUCUGGUCAUUUUAAUGCCAUGAGACAAGCGAAACAGUUAGGUGACGUCGUGGUUGUUGGAAUAAACUCGGAUGAAGAUGCCCUAAACUCCAAGGGAGUUAUGCCUAUAUAUACUCAAGAAGAAAGGGGGGCAUUGAUAGCCGGGUGUAAGUGGGUUGACGAAGUUAUUAUAGGUACCAAAUAUAACGUCAGUAUGGAGCUGUUGGGGGAAUACAAUUGCGAUUACGCUGCCCAUGGUAGUGACAUUGCAUAUGAUCGAAAUGGUAAUUGUUGUUAUGAGGAGGUUAGAAAAAACAACAGGUUAAAAAUAUUUGAGCGAAGUUAUGGGAUUUCCACCACGACCAUAAUUAACCAUUUGUUACAGGCGGUGAACAGUGGCAAUAAGAGCCUGCCCGAGGGGGACGCAGCGAUUGGCGUGGUGGGAAGCGGCGUGGUAAGCAAUAUGGCCAGUGCUGGAGGAAACGUCGCCAGUACGAACGCUGCUAGCAGAAAUACUGCCAACCUGAAUUCCAAUAACAAUGAGGACGACAAAGCGUCGCUCCCGUAUAGUAACGGAAAUUGCCCUAACGGCACAGGUGAAAAAAGUAAUUUCAGUAAAAAAAUUAAAACUAAUUCGAAAGAAUUCGAAGACGAAACCACUGUCAUGGAAGCAUCAGCGGUGGCGGACAACAAAAUUAGGCCAUCCGAGUCCAUAUCCAGUUUAAAACACGCCUUAGGAAAGAAUAAAUGUUACGUAACGGCAUCUCAGUUGUAUCAGUUCAUGGAAAGCCAUGAAAAAAAAACCAAGAAAAAAGUAGUAUAUGUGGAUGGCUCGUUUGAUAUCUUUCACAUUGGUCAUUUAAAAAUAUUAGAAAAUGCCAAAAAGUUAGGCGAUUACUUGAUAGUAGGCAUGCACUCCGAUGAGGUCGUGCGGCGGAUGAAAGGGAAGUACUUCCCCGUCGUGUCCCUACUGGAGAGGACUCUAAAUGUGUUAGCCAUGAAGGUUGUGGACGACGUAGUCAUAGGGGCCCCAUGGCUCAUCAGUGAGAGCUUCAUUAAGCGAUUCCAGAUUGACGUCGUAAUUAGGGGGACCGUUGUAGAUUAUUUUUACUCGAGCAACGAGUUGGAUCCGUAUGCCGUUCCGAAGAAACUGAACAUCUACCAGGAGCUCUCCUCGGAAUCGGGCAUCACCACCUUCGAAAUUAUUGAACGAAUCAAGAAAAACCAAAAGUGUCUGAUGAGUACCAUUUCGAAGAGAAAGAAGAAGGAAGAUAACAUCUGGAAGGUGAACAAUACCUACGUUUUGAAUUAA